AUGCCAGAUUUGAACGAACUACUACGAUGGUCCAUAGCCAAUUCGACAUUACCUUCAUCAACUCCCGCUGAAGGUGAAGGCGAACAGACAUCUUCUUCUGAAGGGGGAUUGACCAUCCGAUAUAAUCCAGCUGGAUCAACCGCUUCUUCUUCUUCUGGUGCUGGUGCUGGUGCUGGUGCUGGUGCUGCUUCACGGGCUGUACUUCAUUCAUCAGACAGUGCUCCACCUGAUUUAUCACCUGCAUCCACUCCAGGUCCAGGAACACCUAUUGGUGAUUCGAUACCUUUACCUUUACCUACCCCGGGCUCCGGCUCCGGCUCAGGAUCAGGCUCAGGAUCAGUGGCCAAACGAGAUGAUUUGACUACCGAAAUGUUAGAUUUGAUCCUUGGUAAAAGUGAUAGCAUAAUCAUGAAAGAGAAAAUGGCUUUUGCGAUUGACGAGAGUAAUCCUCUGGAACAAAGAGUGGAAGCUUUAGAUGAUUUCGAGAUGUUGAUCGAAUUAAUAGAUAACGCAAAUAAUAUGCCAAUAUUGAAAUUAUGGGAACCUUUAUUAGCUUUAUUAAACUCUAAAGAAGACGAAAUAGUUUCAAAUUCAUGUUGGAUAAUAGGAACUGCCGUUCAAAAUAACUUGAAAGCUCAAGCUGCUUUAUAUAUCAAUCAAGCUUUCCCAUUGUUAUUGUCAACCUUUACAUCUUCAACUUCUCCUUCAGUUCGAGCGAAAGCCACUUAUGCAAUCUCAGCAGCAUUGAAACAUUGGCCAUUAGCUUCUUCGGCUUUAUCCACGAAAUAUCAAUCCCCCACCUCAAGCUCAGAUUCAUCAACGGGGUAUUCCGUUUUAUCCAAAGGAUUGAAUGAUACAGAUAAGAACGUAAGGAAGAAGAUGUCAUUCCUGAUAGGGACAUUGGUCAUGCAAUCUGGAGAGAAGUACGAAGGUGAAAUUCCAAAUGAAGUUAGAAAUCUAUUGGAAGAAAAAAUGAAAGAAACAGCUGCAGCCGCAGCAGCUAGUUCUUCAUCUGGGUCUGAUGGUCAAAUACAGCAGGAAAGUCUGGUAGAUGGAUUAAAGAGAGAAGGUGUAUUAUCAACUCUGUUGAACAACUUGAAAGAAGAUAAGGAAAGAGGGGAUGAAGGAGAUGUAGAAUUUCAAGAAAACGCUAUUAGAGGUUUAACUAGAUCAAUAGAGAAAGACGGUUUGACAAAUCAACAGAAAAUAGAGCUUAAAACUGUCUGGAUUGGAUGGAACGAGAAUCAAAGAGAAGAAAGAGGUUUAGGGGGUGAAGAUGGGAAAUCCAUUGAUGGUUUAUUAGCUUAA